AUGGAGGAAAGUUUUCAAAAACUUGCCAUAAAUUCAGAAAAUGAGAAAACUGGUUGGUCGAAUUUACCGAUAGAAAUGAAAAUAGAAGUGCUGUAUUAUCUGGAAACAUCGGAAAAAAUCAAAUUCUCAAAAAAUUCGCCAAAAUGUUUGGAAGAAGUUCGGAAAACCAAGGGUUUUGUCAAAGAAAUCAAAAUAUUUUGGGGAGAAAGAGAUUCGAGAAUAGAUAUCAAAUAUUGGGAUGAUUAUUUGAUGAGUGUUGGUUUUGAGAUGUUAUCCGAUGAUUCAACGAGGAUUUUUUAUAGAGAGUAAGGAGGAUUCUGUUAUGAAUCGAGAAAUUUGGAUGAUUUUCGGCUGAAAAUCAUGAAAAAUUAUGAAUUUUGAGCUAAAAAUCGAGAAAUUUCGAUGAUUUUCGGCUAAAAAUGAUAAAUUUUGAGUUUUCAAGCGAUUUUUUUUCAAUUUUGGAGCAUUUUUGUGCUCCGCGAGCUCUGAAAAUCCUUGUGAGGUUUCAAAAAUCUUCAAAACUGGUGGGAAAUCCACAAAUUUCACUGAGAAUUGUUGAAGAUUCCUGGAAUUUCAGAUUUGGAGCAUUUUUGUGCUCCGCAAGCGUAGGUUAGGUGGAAAAUGAGCUUUUUGAACCGAUUUUUGGGUCCUACAAAUUUUUCCAAUCAAAUUUCCAUUUUUUUAAAUCUGGGAUCCAAUAUCUGCGAAUUUUCAGCUGAAAAUCAAGAAAUUUGGAUGAUUUUCAGCUGAAAAUGGUAAAAAAUGACGAAUUUUGAGCUAAAAUUCAUAAUUUUUAGAUAAUUUUUCAAAUAUUUUUUUUUGCAGCGCCACAAAUAUUUAUCACGAAAACCCCUUGGUGGAAAGAAGAAUGGCAGAUCUUGCUCUGAGAUGUUUCAGAAGUUUUAUGUCGCGAUCGGAAAAUAUCGAAGAUUUUGAGCUCGACAUGAUUGAUUCAUUUCCAAUCGACAGAUUUUGUAUCAAUAAUUGGAAAAUGCUGAAGAGUUUCAAGAUUAGAAGUGAUUCUGAUUCUCGAAAUUUUAGUUUGGAUAGAUUAUUCGAAGUUGGAUUUAUCAGUCAGGAAAAGGUGAUUUUUUUUUGCGGGAAAAUUUUUUGAAAAACCUCAAAAUUCAAAUAUUUUUUAGCUUUUAUCAAUUGAAAAACUCAAUUUUGAUAAUAUUCUGAUUCGUGAAGAGAAAUUAUUACAAAUCAAAUCGAAAGAAAUGCGUUUGACAAAUAUGGAUGCAGAAUUAUUAAGAAAGUUUAUGAAUGCGUGGAAAGAAAUUCGAAGAAUCAGAAAAUACACAGAAAUUGAUAGAAAAUUCGAGAAAUUGGAAUUUGUUAUAAGAGAAGAAGAUGAAGAAAUCAGGGAAAAUGUUUGGAAUAUUGUUUUUAAUGAAGCUCAAAUUAUUGGAAAUCACAAAAGAUUUUCGAAUAUUUGUGCUAUUAUUGAAAUUGAUCAAUAUAAUAUUGCGAAUAUUCGAAUGGCUCAUAAUUUGUUGACAAUUCAAAAGGCACCAUCCUAUAGAACUGCUCACAGGGAUAGUACGAACACUACAUAA